AUGGAAACGCAAAAUGGUAUCGAAAAUAUACCAUUGCCAGGCGAUUCACCAUUAAUCAGACACCCAAGAGGCUUAGAAAACACUGCACGAGUUGAAAAUCACGAUUCAUUCUUGUCCCACUGUCUUCCAAAGAAUAUUAUUUUAACUGAUUUAAUUCAUACAUUUAGACAACGAGCAAAAAGUCCUAUUUCAAAAAGACCUGUCGUUUUAAACACUUCAAAAUCAUUCAUUGAUGUCAAUGUGACUAGAACCGGUCUACGUAAUGUGGAUCUAUAUGAAAUAAUUUCACAAAUCGGUGAAGGUUCAUAUGGCCAAGUUUAUAAAGCCAAAGAAAAAAAAACUAAUAAUUUUGUGGCACUAAAAAAAGUGAGAUUAGAACAUGAAUCUGAAGGCUUUCCAAUAACUGCAAUAAGAGAAAUCAAAAUUUUAAGACAGCUAAACCAUCCAAAUGUAGUUAGUUUAAAAGAAGUUGUUACUGAUAAGGAAGAUUCGUACGAAUUCAAAAAAGGUGGUGGCUCUUUUUAUCUUGUGUUCGAGUACAUGGAUCAUGAUCUUACUGGCCUAAUAGAAUCAGGAAUGGUAGAUUUUUCAGUGAGAGAUAAUGCCAUUAUUAUGCGUCAAUUGCUCGAGGGUUUAAAUUAUUGUCACAAGCAAAAUUUCAUUCACAGAGAUAUUAAGUGCAGUAAUAUACUGCUCAAUAAUAAAGGUGAAUUGAAACUAGCUGAUUUAGGUCUUGCAAGGUUAUUCGACAAUGAGCAAGUUCGUUUGUACACAAACAAAGUAGUUACCUUACGGUACAGACCACCCGAACUUUUGUUAGGAGAAGAGAGAUAUGGCCCAUCAGUUGAUAUCUGGUCUUGUGGAUGUAUCUUAGGAGAACUUUUCAUCAAAAAAAAUAUGUUUCAUGGCAAAGAUGAGUUUGAUCAACUUGAGUUAAUAUCUCAGCUCUGCGGUAGUCCUUGUCCAGCUAACUGGCCGGAAGUCAUAAAACUGCCAUACUGGAAGUUUAUAAGUCAAAAAAAACUGCACAAUCGAAAACUUAAUGAUCAAUAUGACUUCAUUGGAAAUGAUGCUUUUGAUCUGUUAGACAAAAUGUUAACUCUGGAUCCCAGUAAACGCAUCACUGCCGAGAAUGCGUUAACAUGUUCUUGGUUGGCGAGCAUAGACACCAAUACCUGCAUUUCAUUACCUACUUGGCAAGAUUGUCAUGAACUGUGGAGUAGAAAGCGAAAAGGUCGAUCAACUACUUCCAGGAAUAACUCUUCUCUCCGUUCCAUGAAGAAAGAUCGCAAUCAAUCAGAGAACAAAACUCGAACUUAA